AUCCAGUUAUGAAUCGAAUGUAAACAAUGUGUUCGAGAUCGAGAAAGCAAAGGUCGACUAACUUAUCCUCUCAUUGAUCGAAGACACAGGUACAUUGACUCGCUAUCGGAGUAUGCACGGUAUACUACAUGUAGUAAGAGUAGCACACAGGGUACGGUAGAGACGGUCCGCUUUAAAUUUUUUCCAGGACUGGUAUAAGAUAUAGCUGUACAGCAGGUAUUGUGAUAUCAAUGCAGUCAUGGAUGGCGAGAGUUAACCGUAUUACCUCAAUCCUCAAACAAACAGUACCCCCGUGUGUCACCACAUUGUCGCGGGAGAUGGAGCUGUUUGUCGGUUCGGAGCAUUCUCGUCUUUACCAAAAGCAUAGACCAGCAUAUCCCUCAAGUCUGUACCAAUUCAUCGCAGACUUCUGUAAGACGGGAACCGGAAGUCUUGACUCCGCGGUGGACGUUGGAUGUGGAACUGGACUGAGCACCCGCCCACUCUGUGAACACUUCCGCCACGUCAUCGGAGUUGACGUCAGUGAAACUCAGAUUAAAAUGGCUCGGGAAGCGCAUGCGCAGACUAACCUGUCGUUCGAGGUCAGUGAAGCGGAGCGACUGGCGUUCAUGCAUGACGCUAGCACAGAUCUGGUGACAGUUGCACAAGCCAUUCACUGGAUUGAUCAGGAACCUUUCUACAAAGAGGUAGAAAGGAUCCUGAAACCGGGUGGAAGUUUGAUUGUAUAUGGGUAUGGAAACUGUGUACUGGAUAACGACAAAGGCAAUCAAGUCAUCCAAAGGUUUUACCGACAUGAUCUUCAUGGCUACUGGGACUCCAGGAGACGUCAUAUUGACAACUUGUGCCAGGAAGUACGUCUUCCGUUUCCAGGAUGGACAAGGAAUUCGGAUUUCGUCAUACAAUACAGAUGGACGGCUGCGGAGGUUGUUGGUUACCUGUCCACUUGGUCAGCCUGGCAGUCCUACCUCAAACAGAAUCCCGAGUCUCAUCUACUGAGGGACAUAGAGGAGCAUUUGAGGGAUAUAUAUCUGGAACAAGGAGUGACCAUCACGUGGCCUGUGUUUCUUUUACUCGGAAGAAAGGCACCCACAAGCUAGGACUGUCUCUCAGAGAGAGAGAGAGAGAGAGAGAGAGAGAGAGAGAGAGAGAGAGAGAGAGAGAGAGAGAGAGAGUAUAAUGAAAUUCCAUUAAGAGCUUUCCCCCUUACUUGAUACAAUGUAUUAAAUGUUUUUGUAUUUAUUUUAAUAAUUGUACAUGUGUAUAUAUCUCCGUAUAAUGUUUAUUCGAAGAAGAAAAUAAAUAUUGUCAUUUUU